CAUCACCACCCUACCCUGUCCCCAACCCGCCAGCAUCAGCACCCUACCCUGUCCCCAACCCGCCAGCAUCACCACCCUACCCUGUCCCCAACCCGCCAGCAUCACCCACCCUGUCCCCAACCCACCAGCAUCACCACCCUACCCUGUCCCCAACCCGCCAGCAUCACCCCACCCUGUCCCCAACCCCACCAGCAUCACCACCCUACCUGGUCCCCAACCCUCCAGCAUCACCACCCUACCCUGUCCCCAACCCGCCAGCAUCACCAACCUACCCUGUCCCCAACCCACCAGCAUCACCCCUACCCUGUCCCCAACCCCACCACAUCACCACCCUACCCUGUCCCCAACCCACCAGCAUCACCCCACCCUGUCCCCAACCCACCAGCAUCACCACCCUACCCUGUCCCCAACCCGCCAGCAUCACCACCCUACCCCUGUCCCCAACCCGCCAGCAUCACCCUACCCUGUCCCCAACCCACCAGCAUCACCACCCUACCCUGUCCCCAACCCACCAGCAUCACCCCACCCUGUCCCCAACCCCACCAGCAUCACCACCCUACCUGGUCCCCAACCCUCCAGCAUCACCACCCUACCCUGUCCCCAACCCACCAGCAUCACUACCCUACCCUGUCCCCAACCCGCCAGCAUCACCACUAUGCCGGCAGAUGAGGAGUUAACAGCUAAUUUGAUAGGGCUGACCUCUGACCUCCAGCAGCACUUCCUCAACCUGGUGGGGUGA